CAGAAACCCCCGAGUUCACGUUCGUUUCGAUGAGACACACGUAUACGAGAUGUGAAUCCGUUGCUUCGCCGCUGCGAGUGACGUUACGCGAUGUCGCGCAAAAGAACCUUCGGUCCCAAGCAGAAUGACUCAGUCGAAGCUCUAUAGCGUACGAGCGCAAGGUUAUUUGCAUUACACCCGACCAGGAUCCUUUGCCAACAAUCUCGGCGUGCGAACAUGUGCCUGCAAUCGCGUCGUCCGUCUAAAUUUGCACUGGUUUCCCGCGCGUCCCAGUCUCGGUUGAGGUAACACUCGUGCAGACCGAUAUAUGUACAUUCGCGUUUACUUGAUGCAGUCAUCGUUCCUUCGUAUAUAGAUAACACGGUGAAAAAGUAGUAUUUCAUAAAACGACAAUGUUGCAUUCGACCAUGAUAUUCGGUUCCAUUCGCUUGUACACUGCGUGUCACAUAACUUGUCUACCGUUAGACCUUGCUCCUGUUUGUCAGCUUCUUGUGUAUGUUUGCAUACAUGUUUAUCAUUGUGAAUACGACAUCCAGCUACAGUUGUAUGUUUCUAUAGGCGUCUAUAUGUAUUUCUUUAUAUGUACAAUUUCAGUGUCAAAAUGGGAAGGAAACUAUAUUUGUUAUCCUUCACCAAGACCUGCCAACCUCGCAACAACAAUAUAUCCACCACCCAAGUACAGAAACUAAAUAAUUUUUAAACAACAUAACUUUUCAACCUUAUAAAAGAAGAAAACUGCUAACAUUUCUGGGCAAUUAAGUAACUAAUGCAAGAGUAACAAUUCUUUGGAAAAGAAGAAAAGGAAAAGAAAACAUUUUAUAAAACUGACGCAUUACGCAAUGGUGGUUCCCAUGAAAUUGAAACAUUAAAGGACAAUAAUAAAUCGUAAUACCUUAUUGUACAUAUUGGAGAGAUGAUCACCCUGGAAGUUACACAGCUGGUUAAAGUUUUAAGAUCGUAUAAAAAAUAUAUUCAAUGGGUAUGAAGAAUCAAGUCGCACCGUCAUCCCCUGAAAGUGACACCCCUGGCUCAUGGGCUCAGGUGGAGUUGCGUAAUUGGCUUGAAGCACGCUUGGACGUUUUGGGUAUUCGCAACCCAUCUACGCACUCGCGACUUGUACUCGACUUUUUGUGCUUUCCCUUCUCGGUACUGUAUAAUAAUACUUCAGAAGAAGCAUUUGGAGUACCUGGUAGUUCAGGGGGUGACGGUAGUUUGCGACUUAGACAACAAGACAAAGUACAGCAUGACAGUGAGCAACGACAAAUUCUUGUGGAUAAUCUGAUGAACCUAUGUGACCAGAUAUAUCCAGUAAAUAUGCUGGCCGAUGAACUGUGCUCGAGACUAAACGAGAUACGAGAAGCUCAGAUACUACAAGAGUUAGAAGAAUUAAAUAGAUUGAUUGAUUAUGAGCUACAAUGUCUGAGUACAAGCUUCACUGAUGAUUCAGAAGACAAUUUAGCAGCCUUUACCCCUGAAGACGAAGCUAACUGGAGUCCACUCGCAACUUCAACACCUGAAGCUACUGAUAAUCUGUUUCAAAAGGAGACUGAAACUUUUUUCAUCAACCCACCUGCGAUCGAUGAGGUCGAUUUGAGUGCUGAAAACGGCAUAACUAACGAUCAAGGCAAUGGAGGAACUGAACUUGUUGAUGCUAUAAGAAUGUGCUGUGAUCCGGCCCAUGUAUACUCAACAGUAAAUCCAGCUGAUAUGAUAUCACGUGAACUGGAUGUCGAUCUGGACGAUUAUCAGGAUCUUAUUAAUAAGAUAUUUAACGAUGAGGUAGAAGAAAUUUGGUACGAUCCUCUACUUGCAAAUGACCAAGUCCCCCAUAUUUGCACAUCUCCUGAAGCGCUGGAAGUACAAUGGCCAGCCGGUACUUUUCUUGAGCGGUUGACUAUGAAAGUAACUGUUCCAUGGCUCCACAUAGUGCACGAUAAGAAUGGAGCGAUCUAUCAGACUACUAUCGUCCCAGUUCCUGUAAAUCAAAUUAAUAUGCAACGGCAGGAUUCAUGCCAAAACGCGGAGAUAAAUUUCAUGCUGUUGGGCCAGCCUACAAACGCAGCCGGACACAACAUAUGGUCUCACGCGGCUGCGGAAAAUGACAAUUCUUGGCCUGAAUACUUUAAGGACUCCGAGCUUUCUGCAAAUGUGCCUGCUACUCCGCAAGGAAGUGACCGAAUUCCUCCUCCUCCGGAUUGUCAAGCGGAAGAUCGCGAAGUUCUUUACGCGUUUUUGGAAGGUAAUUCAGAACCAGAAGAUCUAUUAACGUCUUCUCGUACUCACUUCCGACCGAUAAGAGAGGACGGUGAGUGGGCUGAUGGGACCACCUUCCCCAUCGAUAAUUCGGUCGAGAGAAUAACGUACAGAAGAUCGGAGUCUGGAAGAUUGUACCUUCCAGGAAGCGAGACGCCAUACCGUGAGUAUCGGGACAACAUUGAGAGACAGUCAGAGUCCUUCGUGAUAAGAUUUCGCGUGCGUCAGAAUGACGUGGCGACGCAGGCGGAUUUGGUCAGAAAACCUGCGGCAGGAUCUUCGAUCGCAGAUUGCAUCGAUACGGAAGAAGAUUCUGAGUCAGAUUCUGUGUCAGAAGUAGAUCCCACGGUACAUUCAGACACUGACACGGAUUCUGAUACAGAAUCCGAUGAAGAAUCUGAUAGGAAUCCUAAUAGAGGUGCUAAUGGAGAUUCUGCGGCGGAUCUUGAGAACAAUGCUGACCACGAGCCUGAUCCCGAACCCAAUCCUGGUUUUGAUGCUGCAGCUGAUUCAGGAGCGAAUUCUUUAAGAAGAAGGAAGAGGAGAGAUCCGAAAGAUUCGUAUAGUACAAUGGCACAAUUUGGUACAACUACUAAAUCGAUUUCUUCAUCUUUCUGUCUGGCUAACCCAUAUGUUAGGCGCGAAUUAACAUAUGUCAGCACUCCCGAUACCCUCGAUGUCGAUCAUUCGCUGCAUGACGAGUCUGCCGACGUGAAGACUAGGAGACGGCGUAGUAAAGGCGAAUACGAGAGAGUUGGAGAUUUUGACGUGGAAUUUCCACCUCUGCGAGGACUCAGUCCUGUAACAGCGGAAAGGUUGAAGACAGUCGUACCUGUGCAUUACACUGGCGAAAGGAAGUUGAGCAUUCUGAAUAGCGGCCGCAGGAACAAAAUUAUACCCAUAAAUAUUUAACCAAUCGUAUAAUGAGACGUAUAUACGAUUGGUGCAUGAACGUAUAUCUUACCAAAGAUAAAUAUGGGGUCCUUUAAAGGACUCAAAAUCACUUCUCUUUUUAAGGGACUUUUACACUUAAAAAUAUCAAAAGAUAUCAAAAUGCCCGAAGAAAGACGAGUAAUUAUUUUACCUUCUUUUAUUGACAUUUUUAAGUGCAGGUCCCUUUCCUCAAUUUCUUUUGCUCAUAGCAAUGAUUUUGCUAUACAUGUAAAGUGUAUAUUCAAUUUGCAACCGAGUUGCAAGUGCGAGCUCACGGUCGUCUGAUGUGAGACGUUUCAUGUGAAGUAGUAGCUUGUAUUGCGGGUGCGACGAAACUAGGAUAAAAUAUAAGUCAAAGCUAUGAAAUAAUAUAGUUUUGCUAUGAGAUGAAGCGCGACUUACUUUCAAAUUGAAUAUAUGCUGAUAGCGCACGUAUCCUUGCAGGUAUUUUACGUACGAACUUUAUUUCGAUUACGAUUACGAAUAUAUCUGAUUGUAUAGGCGUUUCUUUUUCUGUUGGAAGACACAGUAGCGGCUCCGAUUAUCAGUUAUCAACGAUCUUGCAUUCGUCUGUUAACUGGAUAACUAGCAAGCCGCUACGAGGUACUGUCGAGAUUUGACGAGGUCUAGCUACUCUUGUUUUCCUAAGAAACGAAGAAACAAUUGAUAGUAGUGCAAAUGGGGGUCCUCUUGGCAUGUGGAAUUUGUUAUGCAUGUAUCCAAGAAGGCACGCGAGUAAACCCCCUUCAUAAUUCGUAAAUAAUGCAAUAUGCAAUUGAAACGGUGCAAAAUGCAAGAAUAUUAAUUAAUUCAUUUAGAUAAUCGCCAUUAACUUUUCGAUGAAUAAACGAGCAAGCAAUGGAAAAAAAAGAAAAAAAAACGUGUACACCUUACACAAUGUUUCACGUUGAGAGAACGUCGAAGAUGUAGUCAACACAAUUUCAGUUGUAGGUGUUGUUGAUUUUCGUGAUUUUUCAAGAAGAGAACAUUUUACGCCGAUUUUGUAGGAAAUUGUAGGAAGCGAUUGCGUUUCUCAUCCGACGUGCAAGCCGAGAGCAUACUUGUGCAAUUCUUAUCGAGAGAGAGAGAGAGAGAUGAAAAAGGUGUGGAUAUCGUGAAAACAGACACGAAUAGAUUUAAACGAAGGUCGGAGAGUGGAGAUAAAUUUGAGAGGAUUUGUGUACUUACUGCGAACGCUGCACGAUUGCGAAUCGGAUGUUUAAUUACAGCGCUGUUCUUUUCUUGUUUUCUUGUAAUUAUUAAUGAAUUAUCUUAAUCGCAUUUCCCCGAUAUGGUUUAUCCCCCUAGAAGAUUAAUUCCCUUAACCGAUUCCCCUCCCACCUCUCCCGUGUCCCAGAUCCCCUUGUGUCCAACGCUUUCCCCGUGCUCAUGGAAACCGAAUAACCGAGAAUAUACAUGUAACGAAAAAGAACGUGUAACUCGAGAACACGCUUACCUCGCGAAAGGUAUGCAAGAAAAUACAAAAAAAUGUUACUAGGAUCGAAAUGCCUUUGAGAUGUAUGUUGUGAGAGAUAUCGCUGCGCCAUACGGAAAAAUUGUGUUAGGAAGGAAUGUGUUACUUUCAGCGAUUCUAUCUUGGAGACAUGGCGUAAAAAGGAUGAAUGCAAUGUAAAAAUUGUAAAGAGAAAAAAUGGAAGCAUAAAACGAAUAUAUGGUGAAAUCAUGUAUGGGAAAGGACAAAUAAAGGCAUUGAAUGAAAA